AUGACGUCCAAGAAGAAGCAAUCAGAGGGCAUCGCUUUGUUGUCCAUUUACAAAGACGAGGAAGACGACGAAAUUGAGGUCGACGACGACGAAAAAGAUGAUGCAAGAAUAGGUGUUUUGCUAGAGAGAACACCAUUAGGAUCAGUCCAGGUUUUGACACCUAGCAAUCAAUCUAACACUCCCCAGUUCUCUGAGCCAUUGAAAUCUGAUACCAUGAACAAUGAUGCUGUGAUCAGAUCCGAAGAUGCAGAACUGGGUGAAGCAGAUGAUAAGCAAAGAUAUGUAGAACCAUUGUAUAAGUUUCUUCCUACCCCACCAAAAGCUAAAUGGUCAGAGGCGCUACUAGUAAGUUCGGUUACAAGGCUUUAA